AUGAACAUGAAUACUAUAGAAGAAACAAUCGUCGAUGAUAAUCAAUCAUCUAAAUGUCAAGAGUUCAUGAGUCAAUUAGAGCAAUUAAUGACUUGUUCAACAACAACGAAGGAGUCGAAAAAACAAGUAUGGGUACAAUUUAUUUCUCUAUGGUGUGAAAUUUUACAAAUUCCAUCAACUGAUGCUCAAACAUGGUACCAUGAAUGUGCUCGUAUUUUACCGAUUCUAUUGAAAUCGACUAGUUUUUAUAUAAUAAAGAAAGAAUUGUUCGUAGCGCGAGAAACAUUUUGUGCCUGUAUCUCUCACUUCAAUCAAUCACACAUGAAAGCGUAUCUUCAAUUGACAACUGAACAACGAAAAUUAGCAGAAAAUCGAAUCUAUUACACUCAUGUUUACCAUCUUUUAAUGAUUGCUACACAGACAACGUUAUCGAUUCCAUUUUUGGCGAUCGAAGAUCGACAAUUUAUCGAUAAUCAUAGUGAGUUUGUUAUUACAUUGAUUGAGAGUGUUGAGCGAAGUAUGUCAGAACAGUGCCAGACUAUCGAACAAAAGGAACAUGCUUUAGGUGUUAUUAAUGAACGUAUUCUUGCUCUACUUUGGAAUCUAUCUGAUCGAACCGUACUUAUACCAGUAUUUUUGAAAUGUGGCCUCGCCAAACAAGUAGUCAUGUGGCUGAGUCAAGCGGCAAUGUUGACAGACAAAGGUCGACGACCAUUAAUUAGCAUUGCUUAUAAUAUUGGACGACAUGAUGAAGGAGGUGAUGAACUCAAUAAAUUUGGAGCUAUCGCUUACAUCAAGCAAUCAGAACUAUUCAAAAUUUAA